CGGCCGAGGCCCCCGACCCCCCGCCGCCGCCAUGCCCAAGCCGCCCAACGCCCUGCAGUAAGUCCGGGCCCCGCGGGCCGGCGCCGCCCUCCCCUCCCCCCGCCCCGCCGGUCCCGUGCUCGCGUUCCUCGGGGGGCCUCCCCCGGGCCCGGGGCCCGGCCCCGCUACAAGGGGGGAGGCUCCGGCCGGCGCCGUGCGGGCGCUGGGGGGGCCGAGGACGGCGGAACACACCCACGAAACGAGCGCCAUCCUCCCGAUCCCCUGGGAAGGACGGAGACCACCGGGGCUCGGUGGUGGGCACUGAGAGGGGAAACAAAGCCCUGGGUCGGAAAGCAGGAGCUGGGUUCCGAUCCUCCCCUUUCCUUCUCGGAGCCUCGUUUUCCUCACCUGAGAAGGGAAGCGCUCGGCCAGCGCGCAUUUGCUGAGAGUUUAAGACGAGCCGGCCCGCACCAGAGCCUUGCGGAGGCACGUGGGAGGGUGCAUGGGGCUAAGGAGACGGAGCCCUUCACUUGACAGAUGAGGAAGCAGGCCCGGGUCACGCAGUGCCGGGGACUUAGGCGCGCUGAAGUGCCCGCCUAGGAACCCGUUCCCGGGGUUUCCUGCCUCCGCCACCAAUCCAUCUCCUUGGCUAGGCUUUAGCUUCUCUCAUCUAUAAUUGAGCUGGAUUCGAAGAACAGUAAGUUUCCUUCUUGGAGAAAGAAGUGGCAAACCCGUGAAGGCUCCCGGCCAAGAAUAUCCCAGACGGGUCCUGAAAGGCUCUUUUGGAGAUGGGGGCAUCCGCUUACUGAGGGGACCCCGGGCACGAGUCCCUGCGCUCUCCGCUUCAGCCUCCUCUUCUAGAAAUCAAGGCAGUCUAAACUAGAUGAUACUCAGAGGGACAACAACAACAACUGUCAGCCAGGAUUUUGCUCAGGAUGCUCUUGCUGCCCUUUAAUGCCUCUUGUUAGUGCCCCGCUGGGAUGCCAUUCACCAGCACUCUGUCAGCAAGACCCUGGCUGCAAAUUAGCACCGGUGCAAAGGCAAAAAUAAAACUAAAUUUCCCUCUAAGAAGCAGGCAGGGAGGAGGGAGAUGCCACCCGUAUAUGUAGAAAGUGUUCUGUGCCAAGGACACCCUCCUGUGUAAAGGAGGGCUGAGUCUGGGGGGAAGCUGAAAGCAGAGAUUCUUUUUGGACAAGUGAAAAUUAAAUGUGCCAGGAGGUCUCCCAGGAGGAGAGUUGGAUGUGCCUGACAAGAGAGAGAACAGUGCUUGAUUUAUGAAUUUAGGGACUUGGAAGAUGCUGGGGAACAAGUUUGCAGGGAGAGUGGAGAGGAGCUGCAACAUGGGUCCCCGGUCAGCAGAGAAAGCUGAGAAGAAGGUCCGGGCGGUUGGACUUGGGGCCCAGAAACUGGGGCAAAGUGCUGCCGGGAAAAUGGCCAGGGGAGAGACUGGGGACUGAGCAGAGAGGGUCACAGCUUUGGGGCAGUUCCUCCCAGACGAGGAGGAUGUCCACCACCCGGAAGGUCAGCCUCUCCGUAAGCAAAAUGAGCGUCAACCGCAGUAAAACCAGCUUGAACUUAAGCAAAACCGUGCUGUCAAGGACCACAAGCGUGCUUACAGAUGGCAAGGAAAAGAUGUACUUGCAUCGUCCGAGGCAGCAAAUCCAGGUCUGGGAUUCAAAUGGGAAUGAUGUCACUCCCAAACCCCUUUUCCAUCCCGAUCCCCAUUUUCCCGGAUCCAAGAAGCCUAGUAAGCUGCUCGUGUCCCAGGAUGUGUCUCUCGGCUCAGAUUUUACGGGUUCCUACACCAUGUUUCAGAAUACCAUCAACCCGAGUUUUGUGGGACAAUUCACAAGGUCAGCAUUAGGAAGCAGCACAGUCUCUAAAUCCAGUGCGUCGACCUCGGAGUCCAUCGGAGAAGACCUGGAAGAGCCCUCGUACAGGCGAGAAACAAUCUCCAGUUAUAUGGAUCUCCAGCUUAAGAAAGAAGUGCCAAAAGUCCUAACAAAAGAAGAAUUAGAUGCCAAAGUGGACAUCUACCUCUCAGAGACCGAAACACUGUGGCUCUUUAAUCUGCCAACCGUCUUACAUUCUAUCGAGUCUGAAGAUGCUGAGAAAGUGAAGAAUCGAAAUGCUCUUUAUGAGACCCUUUGUAAAAAUCGAGCUGGCAACGACUUAUAUGUUGAAAGGAUAAUGCAGACUUUUAAUGGCGCACCCAAACACAAGGAGGUUCAAUGUGAUAGAAUCUUAACAGAAGAAAAAGGCAUAAUGACCACCGCCUGGGCUUUGUAUGAUGCUUAUAAUGCCUUGGAGCUUAGUCUUUCAGCAACAAAACUGGAAACAGGAAAGACAGGCAGUUUACAUGAGGGGUCGAAGAAAGACCAGGACUCUAGAUAUCUGAGUGCCACAGACAAAACAAGUGAAACCAGUUCUACGAUCGAUAUCGAAAGCCUCAUUAUGGCUAAAAUUCACGAGGAAGAGGAAGAUCGUUCAGAAUUGAUAUUGAAGUCGGACAGAUUUCAAGAGAAUUUAUUUUUCAUGGAGAGGGUUCUCAUGGAAAAUAUAUUUCAGCCCAAGCUUGCAGCUUAUCGACAGCUUCCUAUCUUAGGCAAGGAGGUGGAAGAAGAGGACAGUUAUCAACAAGUGCAAAAAAUCAAGCUGAUUGAGGAAGAUGAAGAUGUAGAUAUUAUUGAAGGAGAAAAUGUGGAGGCUUCGGAAGAACCCAUCCCCCCCAAUCUCGAACGGCUGUGGUCAUUUUCUUGUGACCUAACAAAAGGGCACAACGUGAGCAGUAUGGCCUGGAACAAAGCGAACCCGGAUCUGCUGGCUGUUGGUUAUGGCCAUUUUGGCUUUAGAGAACAGAAGAGAGGACUGGCUUGCUGUUGGUCACUAAAGAAUCCUAUGUGGCCAGAACGUGUUUAUCCGAGUCUCCAUGGGGUGACAUCUGUGGAUUUCUCUAUAUCAUCCCCGAAUCUUCUGGCUGUUGGAUUCUACAAUGGUACCAUAGCCAUCUACAACGUGCAGAGCAACAAUAGUAUUCCCGUCCUGGACAGUAGUGAAUCUGUUCAUAAGCAUAUUGGACCAAUUUGGCAAGUCCAAUGGGUAGAGCAGGACAAAGGAACUGUGGCAGGUGAAGAAAAAAGAGAAAUACUUGUUACCAUAGGGGCUGAUGGAAAAAUUUCCAAGUGGAUGAUACAGAAAGGACUGAUUUGUCAUGAUUUGAUGAAAUUGAGGAGAACAGCAAGUGAUAGACAAAGAAGGCAAAAUGAGAGAGACAAGAAGGGCGAAGCUUUAAUAUCUCGGCAGGCUCCUGGAAUGUGCUUUUCUUUUCACCCCAAGGACACAAAUAUCUAUCUGGCCGGAACAGAAGAAGGUUUCAUUCACAAAUGCUCUUGUUCAUAUAAUGAACAGUACCUGGAAACCUAUAGAGGUCACAAGGCUCCCGUGUACAGGAUAGCAUGGAACCCGUUCUGCCAUGAUGUAUUCCUAAGCUGCUCCGCAGACUGGGGUGUGAUUCUCUGGAAACAGGACACCUUUAAGCCAUAUUUGAGUUUUUAUAGCACCACGCACGUGAUUUACGAUGUUGCUUGGUCUCCAAAGUCAGCCUACAUUUUUGCAGCAGCAAACGAGCAUAGAGUAGAGAUCUGGGACCUCCACUGCAGUACUUUGGAUCCUAUUAUUGUGAAUUUGGCUAUCCCAGGAGUGAAAUUUACAACUGUCCUGUUUGCUAAAAACACCGAUUGUAUUUUAAUUGGAGAUAGCGAAGGGCAAGUGAUCGUGUAUGACCUGAAGGACAUGCCGUCUUACGUGGACACUGGCCGGGAGGAUGCCAUUAACCUUUUGCUUGGACCUGAGGCAUACAGUGUUUAGUAAUUUGUUGAUGCUGAUCCUUUUUAAUAAAGGAUUUUGAUAUCAAACAUCAGUCAUUUUCUAUAUUUUAGAUUGACUCUUUGAUUUUGGUUAGGCAGAAUAUUAUCUCUAUUUUUACUUUACAAUCAAUUUUAGGAUAAAUCAAAUGAAAGGGUUAUUGGUAUAUUUUAUAUGUGAUUUAAACUGAUUAUAUAAAACCCCAGACAAUGAUAGCUGAAAUUGCCUAUCAUUUAACUGGUGUAGCUACAACCCAAAUUAUAAGAAAAAUACUCUGGCUUUAAUAACAUAACUUGACAAUUAUCUUUAGAUUCCAGGCUUUACUAUGUAUUAACAAGGCCAAAAAAAAGUCCCAAGGGCUCUGAAUGAAGAGUAAUUCUUCAUCUGGUGUUUACAAAACUCUGAUUAUUUUCCAAAGUGCUUAUGAAUUAGGUUUCUUUCUGAAUCAUUAAGAAUAAAUAGUUUGGGCACUUGAUUUCUCCACUUACUAGGGAUGGGAGUUUUCGCCAUGGCUAUAUUAAGCUGUAACUCUUGGUUAGAUUAUGUGGCAGUAGCUUUUCACAAGUUGCCCUGAUUACUUGACAGAGGCUAUUCCAGAACAUGUCAGAUGAGCAGAUUCUGAGCUAGUGGUCUCAUAAUCCUACUUUGUAACUCAUCUAGAACAGAGACGAUUUGGGGCUUCUCCUCAGCCUUCUCAGGCUUGAGAAUCCAGACUUGGAUUUGCAAAGAGAGCUGCUCAGAAUAAAUCCAAUGCAACCAGUAUUGAACUGGAGAACCCCUGUGAAGUUAGGUUCAUUUUGAGGGUGAUUCAGAGGAUAUUUGGGCACAACUUGGUUAGUUCCUUAUUAAAGGGAGUGCUGGAAUUGACACAGUUUUCCAGGAAUUAUCCAGGAUGUGGCAGGUUUAGGACCUCACAAACUAACCUCUCUAAAGACCUGAGCAUCCUGGGCCCCUAUAUGAGCCUAGGCCAGCAGAACAGGGACAGCAGUGUUUGGGGUUCAUGUGUAAGGUUCAUGGGAGCUUCUGCAAACAGCAUUGCUUUUUAUUCUGUUGAAGUGGAGAUGAAAAGAUUGGGCACCGGUGACUCAGUAAAUUCUCUGAAAUGCUGGGUUCCAUGAACAUAGACUCAGUGCAGCUUGAGAGCUGUUGCUAUCUCCCAUUGUGCUUAGUUAUUUCAGCCUCAAAUAAUUAUUAGCAUUCUUUGAUAAUUUUGGACUCAUCUUUUAAACAAACGGACCACUGACAAAAAAGUAGCUUUUGAGCUUUGUUAGGAUAAGGCAUUUUUAAAAAAUCUCUUAAAAAAUGUGGGUGAUGAUUUGAUUCUCUGUUGUAUUAUCCUAAAAGCCGGUUUUUCCAUGAAUCUGCUGAUAAAUGAAUAAAAGUUUGAUACAUUUGGUCCCUCGUCUGGA